UGCGAUAGUGAACUCUGUCAAUUUGGUUGGUACGUUCCCAUGCCCAUCGUAAAUGGCUCAGUGGUCUACAGGGUGAAAGUCAUGUCCAAUGGUCAGGGCUUUCAUGUUCCUGAGAAAAGCUUUUCUCUAAAUGUUAAUGGCUUCAUACAAACACAGAUAGCUGAGGAAGGAAGAAAUCAAGAGGUUUCUUUUGGCACACAGUUUCCAUCAUUUGAAAACAUAAUCGUGUAUGGAAGUCCUUCCAGACCCUUGUGGUCAACAGCUGACAACGCUCCAGUGAUGUUGCUUCCAGGAAUCCCCAAUAACAAGGGCAUCCUCAUUACAUCAUCCGAGUUUGAUCACAGCACACUCAUUGAGGCGGCCAUUGAAAGUUGCUGGGUCGGCUCGAUCAGAUGCCCCAAGGCGGAGUUUCAGUUAAUGAUUCAGGAGGCCAUCGCCUUGGAGAGUACCGUCUUUAUCAGACAAAACCAACUGCUGCAUCGAUUUAUUGGAAACUACUCUCUGCUCGCGCUUCAAGCCAGCUCCUCAGAUGCAUGGGAGCAAGUGAUGCGCUCAGUUUGUGUAAGACAGUUGGUGCCUGUGCCCACAUCCCAUGCGGGGAAUGAGUUUUUCUACGUUCUUGGUGGAGGUGUUGAGCUGGGGACCCUGUAUCGAGCUGACAUUCAUGAUGGUGACGCUACAUUUACAGAGUUGCGAGACUCUAAAGGUCGAACAAUUUGUGAAUUUAUGAUUGCCAGUUUGGGAGUAGAGGAAACAUGUCUGACAAGAUGGGUGACGCAUCGAGCAGAUGAAGAUGGGACCAGCAUUGCUCUGGUGAAGCUCUAUUAUAGCGAAAAUCACUGGACCUACCAUAUUGUCUUGCAUGGUACGGAUUUCCAUUUACGCGGCAAGUUACCCAAAUAUUUCCCAGAUGAUUCCGGGGACUCAUUCAUGGUUGUCAACAGUAUGACAACUGACAAAUCCAACUCAACCGAUAUAUUGGUGGCCCUGAUGGGAAUGGUCUACAACCCCAACAGUGGCAUUCUGUACCUCUGGGGUAACUGCCUCAUUUGCUCUUUUGAUGAAGGACAAACUUUCCUAUUUGUCCGAGGUUUCCCGACCUCAAGAUCUCAAUACCUCAAUAUCAAGUACUUCAGUCUGUCCUACCAUGGAGAGUUUGCCUUCGUCACACAUCUGGAAGAGGUGUGGUGGGGGCAAGAGGGGAUGGACACAGUAGUAAAGGUGAAACCAUCUCCCGGAAUUACUGUUUUUGGAAGUCUGCAGGCCUUAAAAGGUUUUAAGGAAUAUUUCAUAGGCACUAGUUUGCUAUCAGUGUUCUGGGACGCUGAGAAACAACUGCAAGAGGUCUUGUUCUCUAUUGUGGAUGGAAAAGCCUGUAUUGUGAAGAGGAAAAUACCUGUUGCAGAGAUUUUGUCCUACAAUCUUUUCAAUCAGAUGUCUUGGACAGACCACGGCUCAUAUAACUCCUUCGACUUCCCCCACACUUGCCCGUUCUUCUGGGAGCACCUGGAGCACCUGCCCCAGCCUGAGCCAUACAGCCGCAUCCAACAAUACACAGCGAGGGCUCCACUGGUUACCCAUCCCUCUGGGCUACAGACCACAGCCUCCCUGGCCACCUACCAGGGCCUCUUGUACCAUUUGCUGAAACUACACUCAGAAUACAUACAGGACAUUGGUGAUCCAGCACAAAAUCCAAUAUCACGCUUGUUAAUGGACAAAAUGGUCCUUGAGGACUAUUUCAUCUACAUGUCCAGCAAUGGAAUAUCCUCAUCUGGAUACAGUGUUGAGAUGGACAGUUUUUCAAGGAUGUACAUGAAUCCAGAGAUCUACCUUCCACAUAAAGUGUACCUCGAUCUCCAUGCAUCCUACUCUUUUUCAGUCUAUAUCAGCGCCGGAAACCCAGCAGUAUCACGAGAUGAGAUCAAGAACAUCUGGAUUUCGGCAGAGGUUUCAGACAAUGAUUUUCUUCACGCAAUCGUCACCAGGCAAGAGUACUUCAAUCGAGCAGCCAUUGUUCAUAAGGUGACAGUCUCUGACAGAGGGGCAUUCCCAGGGCAGGCUCUGGCAGGACAUGGACUCCGUCCCUUCACCCUGCUCCUGAAGGUGAGCCGCUCGGCGCGGAAAUGUUUCCAGGACACCAGCCGAGGGAUUGUUUCUCAGGGUCAGCAGAGAAUGACCAUCUAUAUUGGCUGUCCUCCUGGAAAACGCUUGGCAUUUGACAUCACAACAACAUUGAAAGAGUGUUCCCGCCUCAACAAACGUUACAUUGACUGUCCUUACCCAAGCCCAGAAGUCCCCUGUUUCUACUACGCCGACUUGUUUUAUCCCUUCUUCCUCAUCCAGGACAUGGUGUCAGGAGAAUCUGGACCGUUCAUGGGCAGCUAUACUUUCAAAGUAGUAGGUGGCGGUGCAUACUCCAGAAAGAAUAUCCGCUAUUAUACUGGUGAAGAAAUAUUACUGUACAACAGUUAUAACCAUAGCUCCAAGCAGACUCUGAUGUGGACUUCCGAGGGCAUGUCAGUCAACAAAACCCAAGACGGUUUCGAAGUGUUAAGUGGAACCAACAACAAAAUUCGAUGGCUGUGCCAGACUAACUCCCCAUGUGGCGACCUGUCAGCACAGGGACUGAUGGCUCCUGAUUUCUACUUUAUCAUUGAGGUUUCUAACAAGGGUGUUGAUAUGAACACAUAUUGUGACUAUGCACUGCGGUUUGAAAUUCAUGUUCAUGGAUUUCCACUUGAUCCAACAAGAGCUCUUUAUUUCAUGCUGAUGACCCUAGCCACCAUAGGCAUGAUUCUGUUCUGUUACAUUGUGUUCCACUGCUGUGGCCCUGGACUCAAAACAGUGGGAAAGGCUGCUUAUCAGGCGGCCAAGGAGCAGCCCCACGCUGAGAGUGAGUCUUCUUUGGUGAUGGAUGAGCCUAUGAUGUAUUCAAGAAUUCGAAGAUGACAUCGGUAACUGGCUCUGAAUUGGAUCGGGUGAAGAUUAGUCAGAUUUCACAGUAGAACUGGGUCCAAAAUUGCUGCACCAAAAUUGCUGCACCAAAAUUGUCUUUGUUUGGAGAUUUCAAAGUGUGUUCGUAUUGUUCCAUAAUAGUACUUGAUGUAAAUUGUUAGGUGAUGUGAAUUGAGUAGUUGAGAACUUGAUGACACUGAUCAAUACAUUUAUAUAUUGACUCA